AUGCCGGUUAUCAAAACAUCAACCUCUACGAGAAAUUACUAUAAAAUCAGGGUGGGAGAGGGGAAAACCCAACUGAACCGAACCAUGUUCAAGCAUUUUUCUGUAUUUGCUCUUCUAGCUGUUGUUGCUUUUGCCAAUCGUAAUCCGGAGCAAAUGAAAUCUGAAAUGCUUGCUGCAGGAGUUUCAGCUGCCGGUGUAGCUACGAUUUCCACCUUCAUGGAGACUCAUAAACCACAAAGAGGAGCUAACCGUGAAACAGGAAAAGCCGAGUUUGAUGCUAUGCUUGCCACUCUCACUGUAGCCGAUCGCACUGCUUUCCAGAAAGUGAAGCAAAACAAGCAUCAUCCGGAAGGAAAGAAACAAUAACAUUUUCCAAGUUGUCAACUGAUUCAAUAAACUUUAA